AAAUGAAGACCUAAAACCCUUUGAAUAAAAAAUUAGAAACUUGAUGCUUACAAAUUACAAUCCCAUCCCAAAUCACUUCACCUCAAUUCGACUCUCCGACUCUCACUGCUCUCUCUCUCUCUCUCUCUCUACAAUGGCGGCUCCUCCCAUCUCUAGAUCCUCCUUCCUCUCCUCCCAGCCCCUCUCCCCGACCGCCUCCUCCACCCUCCGCCCCACCCCCUACGGCCCCAUCUCCAUCCGCGCCACCGCCACCUCCCCCGACCCCGCCGCCGCCGCCGCCCCCAUCAAGACCCGCCGCCCCGCCGACGAGAACAUCCGCGACGAGGCUCGCCGCCACACCUCGUCCCACAACUUCUCCGCCAAGUACGUCCCCUUCAACGCCGAACCCUCCUCCACCGAGUGCUACUCCCUCGAUGAGAUCGUCUACCGCAGCCGCUCCGGCGGCCUGCUCGACGUCCAGCACGACAUGGACGCGCUGAAGAAGUUCGACGGCGAGUACUGGCGCCACCUCUUCGACUCCCGCGUCGGGAAGACCACGUGGCCCUACGGCUCUGGCGUCUGGUCGAAGAAGGAGUGGGUUUUGCCGGAGAUAGACGGUGACGACAUCGUCAGCGCGUUUGAAGGGAACUCGAACCUAUUCUGGGCUGAGCGUUUCGGCAAACAGUUUCUAGGCAUGAAGGAUUUGUGGGUGAAGCACUGCGGGAUUAGCCACACGGGCAGUUUCAAGGAUUUGGGGAUGACCGUUUUGGUCAGUCAGGUCAAUCGCCUCCGGAAAAUGAACCGCCCGCUCGUUGGAGUCGGCUGCGCCUCGACGGGGGAUACCUCCGCCGCCCUCUCCGCCUACUGCGCCUCGGCCGGAAUUCCAUCAAUUGUGUUUUUACCUGCAAAUCGCAUAUCUCUGGCUCAAUUAGUCCAGCCAAUCGCGAAUGGGGCUUUUGUAUUGAGCAUUGACACCGAUUUCGAUGGUUGUAUGCAGCUAAUUCGUGAGGUCACAGCGGAGCUGCCUAUAUACCUAGCUAAUUCCCUCAACAGCUUGAGAUUAGAAGGGCAGAAAACCGCAGCAAUUGAGAUAUUACAGCAAUUCGAUUGGCAGGUUCCUGAUUGGGUGAUUGUUCCCGGUGGAAAUCUCGGAAACAUUUAUGCAUUUUACAAGGGUUUCCACAUGUGCAAGGAAUUAGGGCUUGUUGAUAAAAUCCCUAGGCUUGUUUGUGCUCAGGCUGCAAAUGCUAAUCCCCUUUACCUGCAUUACAAAUCGGGGUGGAAGGAUUUCAAGCCGGUGAAAGCGGGGACGACCUUCGCGUCCGCAAUUCAGAUUGGGGAUCCUGUUUCAAUCGAUAGGGCGGUGUAUGCAUUGAAGAACUCCAACGGCAUUGUGGAGGAGGCGACAGAGGAGGAGUUGAUGGAUGCGAUGGCGCAGGCGGAUUCGACUGGGAUGUUUAUCUGCCCUCACACCGGAGUGGCAUUGACUGCGCUGUUCAAGCUGAGGAACAGUGGGAUCAUUGGGCCGAACGACAGGACUGUGGUGGUGAGCACUGCUCAUGGCUUGAAGUUCACGCAGUCGAAGGUGGAUUAUCACUCCAAGGAGAUCAAGGAUAUGGCUUGCCGCUUUGCUAAUCCGCCUACGCAGGUUAAGGCGGAUUUUGGCUCGGUAAUGGAUGUUUUGAAGAAGUAUUUGCUGAGCAAGGAUUCAAAGCUGCAUUGAGAGGUAGUGAUUGAGUUUUUGCUCUAAGCAGGUUAGCUGUAGGAGUUGCUGCUAUUUACUCUUUCUUGUUAUCGUUCUGUUUUCGACAGUUCUUGAUUAUGUAUGAUUAGCAUGUUAUGCUGAGUUUUGCUGGAUUUUGAAAAGGUUAACUGUGUCCAGAGAUGGAUUUUUGUUUACCAUCGCAUGAUAUUCGAUGAAAUUUGUAUGUGUAUCUCAAUAAACUACAUUUUGGAAUCCAUCAGUUGGUUUAAGGUAUGGCAGAAGGAAAUGCUGGCAUAUUUGGUUCAAGAAA